CAGCUCAUGUCAGAAGACGAUGACGAGACAAAUGAAGAAGGACGUCUCACCGGAAGAUACAUCUCUCGUCCUUGGGUCUGGGCCAGUGAGCAGAGAAACCAGUUUAUCGCUGCCGUCGAUGCUCAACAGGACCCUCAUCCACCGAAACGUUACACUAUUCGUGUGCGAGGCGAGACACUCGAUGUCACUAUUCCGCGGAUUCAGAAGGUUGAACAUCGUGCGAGGAGGUGGAUGGUAUCGCAGGAGUGGCUUUCACAGCCAGAGAAUCAAAAGUAUGAUGUGCCGGCGUUUGUUGUCGACAAUGGGAAAGCAUGGGGCGAUCCAAAGGACCCAGAAGAAACCAUAUCUGCCCAGAAGCGUGUCAAGAUCCAAAAGAAAGAGGUUGCUGCGCGUAAGAGAGCAAAAUUGGUA